UGCUUAAUUUGUCUAACUGAUAUAUAUGUAUUUCUCUAAGGCGAUGGUGACGGCGACUUUUUGAAUUUAGGGUUGAUGGUGAUUUUCGAUUGGGAUCCGGGCGUUAAUGGGAAUCGACUGGAUCUUUAUCAUUAUGAUAAGAUUGGAGGAGGAUGGAAUCACAAGGAAGAAUUGGAAUCAAGGGUUCUCGAAGGAAAACACGGUUUUGACGGGAUUCAAAAUAGGAGGGGGCUACAAUGGGCUGAGAUUUUCACACGAUCUGAGGAGGAGAUCUGGUUUACGGAGUAUCAAUUACGAGAUCUGCGAGGGUUACUUUGUGGGAAAGGAGGGAGCGAUGAAGACCGGUGAGGUAGCACGGAAACGUUUGAAGAUAUCAGUUCCUCACUUCGAUAAUUCAGAAUUGAUCAAGAGUUAUGCGUUGACGUUGGUGGGGAGAUGUAUGAAUCCGGACGAGCAAGAAAUCAAUUCGCUUCUAGUGAUGCUUCCGAAGAUCUGGAAGGUGGAAGAGAGGGUGACUGGUGCUGACUUGGGAAUGGGGAAAUUUCAGUUUCACUUUGAGAAGGAGGAAGACAUUGAGACGGUGUUGGAGAUGCAGCCAUAUCACUUUGAUUUUUGGAUGCUCUCCUUAGCAAGAUGGCAGCCACGGAUGCCAAAGAAUUUCCCAUCGGAGAUUCCGUUUUGGAUCAAGGUGGAGGGUGUUCCGCUUGAGUUCUGGUCUACGGCAACGUUUCAGAGUAUCGGAGAUGCCAUCGGGGAGACAACAGACGUGGAUUUGGAUUAUGGCAAGAUGAGAGUUGUGAUUGAUGGCGCUAAGGAGUUGUGUUUUGAUACUACGGUAGAUUUCAAGGGUGGAGAAUUCUAUGAAGAGGAGGAGGCUCCGGUUCUGCUAAAGUAUGAGAAGUUGUUUGGGUUCUGUAAGCGUUGCUUCAAAUUGUGUCAUGAUGAGGAUAUUUGUCCCUUGAAUCCAAACCCAGUCAAGAAGAAGGAAGCAAAGGCUGACUUGGAAAGCAGGAAGGAGGAUCGGGCAAGGAGCUACAAAGGAGUGGUGAUUAAUGGGGAUGGGAGCAAUCAAGAGAAUCUCAAGGACCAGAGAGGUUACCAUGGGAAAGGAAAAGGUAAAAUGUAUGAAGAACCAGAGAAUCAAUGGGUCAAGGUUCCGGAGAGAGGAAGCAAGAGGCCUUCUACCUAUCGAAACGGUAGCAGAGGUGAGGAGGAAAAAUCAAGGUACAGGAACUCUCGCUGGGAGCAGCCGCGGCAUCAUAUGCAAGAGGAUAGAAAUCGGUAUCAACGUGAUGCAAGGAGGGCCAGAAACCAUAUUGAUGGUGAGCGUGGAGAGCCAAGAGAGGAAGGAGAGGUUGGAGGAGUAGCGAGAGUUCAGAGGGGUUUAAGGAAUGUGGAGAAGCCAACUUUGAGCCUUGUGACUCAGGUGGCUACGCGAGAAUCAAAUGGGAAAACCAAUUCUAUUGAUGCAAGUGCAAUAGCUAUGGAGAAGGAAGGUGAACUAGUGGAGAAGAUGGAGACUAGCAAGAUGGUAACUAGUCUGGACAAGACUGAGGAAGUGAUGGGUCAUGGAGUUGGCGAUGAUGUCACAGAAACAAUGAAGUUUAAUGGAUCUGAGAUAGAUGUGAAGGGCAAGGAAGAGGCUACGGCUGAUGAGGAUGAAUUUCAGGCGCUCACAGAUGGGGAGGUGGAAACGGUCCAAGAGGAUACGAGGGAUCCUAUGGACGUGGAGAAUGAGCAGGGGGGGAUUGGUGAUCAGCGUGUUCAAGCAGAGGAUGAUGAAAAGAAGAAAGGAACACGUAAGGCGUUGUUCAAGAAAACAACAGCGAUCGCAGUGGGGACUUCUAAGAUGAGGUUCGUCCAGGCAGUGCUUUCACCACGAAAGAAUGCUCAUGCUAAGCCAGGCAAGAGACAGGGAGGAGGAGAUGGAGCAAGACAGACAGAGGAUAAGGGUCCUUUAAACCCUAAACCUUCCUCUUCCAAACCGUUUAAUUGAUUAUGUGGAUCAAAUCUCAAGAAGUAUUGUGGUCGGAUAAGUGGUGGGGUUGGGGAGUUUUUCUUUCAUUUUUAUCAAUAAGCUCUAUGAGCAUUUUUUUGUUGUUGGGAGUUGGGGUUUUAUGGCAUUGUUUUGGCCGAUGGGGUUAUGUUUUCCUAGUGCUUUUGGUUCUGGUGUUAUGUUGGAAUAAACUUGGUGCUUUUAUUUUUUCUAUUAUCUCUUCUCGGCCAUGGCUGAUUGGAACUGUGAGUCUUUUGGUAAUGCAUUGGUUUAUCUGGA